AUGAAGUCAAUUUCAAAUGGUCCCUGGAAUCUGAUGAUCAAUAAGAAAUCCCCUACUGCACCGCCUGGACAACAACCUGGAGAUGACGAAUGGUCUGUAAUACGAUCUGAGAGCAUGUCAAAAAUCAUCUCAUUGCCGAAACAAUCAAUGGAGAGUACCGAACAACGUCAAUAUCCCGGAAGCUUACAUCGUCAUCAGCGAGGAGGAGAUCGCGGACGCGCUCAAUUUCGAAGCAUGCUGGAUGUCGAAGAAGCUCCAAGUUUGGAGCAACUUUCUAUGGAUCACCAUGAGUCCAUGGAGUUGUGGGUCGUGGACAAGCUGCAGCAAGCAUCUAAGAAUUAUAGCACUACUUCGAAUGACUGGGCUGACAUUUUACCUCUUUAUACAGCUACUAACGGAGCCCCAAUGGCACCUACCCGAACAUCUCCAAUUCCCAAUGGAGCACCAUCGUCCCCACUAGAGAUUCCAAUGACCGUCAGCUCAUCGGAUCCAAAGAUUGCAGCUCAACAAGCAAGCGAUAUGAAGAACAUUGUUAGAAGAAAGUUGACUGGAUAUGUUGGAUUUGCAAACCUACCCAAUCAAUGGCACCGAAAGAGUGUUAGAAAGGGAUUCAACUUUAAUGUCAUGGUUGUUGGGGAGUCUGGACUCGGAAAGUCGACUUUGGUCAACACUCUUUUCAACACUUCCUUAUACCCACCAAGAGAACGCAAAGGACCUUCCCUUGACAUUAUCCCAAAAACCGUUUCUAUUCAAUCUAUCAGCGCUGAUAUCGAGGAGAAUGGUGUUCGUUUACGUUUGACCGUCGUUGAUACCCCAGGUUUCGGUGAUUUCGUCAACAAUGAUGAGUCUUGGCGACCAAUCGUUGAUAAUAUUGAGCAACGCUUCGAUGCCUACUUGGAUGCCGAGAAUAAGGUUAACCGAAUGAACAUUGUUGAUAACCGUGUUCAUGCUUGCGUUUACUUCAUUCAACCAACUGGUCAUGCAUUGAAGCCUUUGGACAUUGAGGUUAUGCGUAGACUUCAUACCAAGGUCAACUUGAUUCCAGUCAUUGCCAAGGCUGAUACAUUGACCGAUGAAGAAAUCACUGCGUUUAAGCUUAGAAUUCUUGCUGACAUCAAACACCAUGAUAUCCAAAUCUUUGAGGGUCCACAUUACGAAAAGGAUGACGAGGAGACCAUUGCCGAGAACAAGGAGAUUAUGGAUAAAGUGCCUUUCGCAGUUGUUGGUGCCAAUUCCGAGAUCACCAACAGUGAGGGUCGCAAAGUUCGAGGACGUAAAUACCCAUGGGGAACCAUUGAAGUUGACAAUGAGGAACACUGUGACUUUGUCAAGCUUAGACAAAUGCUUAUCCGAACCCACAUGGAAGAGCUCAAGGAACAUACCAACAAUGCUUUGUACGAGAACUACAGAUCGGGUAAGCUUACUGCUAUGGGUGUUGCUCAAGAUCCAAGUGUCUUCAAGGAGGUCAACCCAGCUGUCAAGCAAGAAGAAGAGCGUAACUUGCAUGAGCAGAAGCUUGCCAAGAUGGAGGCCGAGAUGAAGAUGGUUUUCCAACAAAAGGUCGCAGAAAAGGAGAGCAAGCUGAAGCAGAGCGAGGAAGAGUUGUACGCACGACAUCGCGAGAUGAAGGAACAACUUGAGCGUCAACGUCAAGAACUCGAGGAGAAGAAAUCUAGAGUCGAGAGUGGAAGACCAAUAGAAAAGGAAGGCAAGAGGAAGGGUUUCUCACUCCGUUAA